CGGCUGUGGCCGGGGGAAGUGAAUGGUUUUACCCAGAGGGCCCUGCGCCGCCUUUCUCCGCUGCCAACAGCACUGCUCGCUGCUCCUCCUCCCCAGCCAUGGCGUUCACGUUCGCGGCCUUCUGCUAUAUGUUGGCGCUGCUGCUCACCGCCGCGCUAAUCUUUUUCGCCAUCUGGCACAUAAUAGCAUUUGAUGAACUGAAGACUGAUUACAAGAAUCCUAUAGACCAGUGUAAUACCCUGAAUCCUCUUGUACUUCCAGAGUACCUCAUCCAUGCUUUCUUCUGUGUCAUGUUUCUUUGUGCAGCAGAGUGGCUUACACUGGGUCUCAAUAUGCCCCUCUUGGCAUAUCAUAUUUGGAGGUAUAUGAGUAGACCAGUGAUGAGCGGACCAGGACUCUAUGAUCCCACAACCAUCAUGAAUGCAGAUAUUCUAGCAUACUGUCAGAAAGAAGGAUGGUGCAAAUUAGCUUUUUAUCUCCUAGCAUUUUUUUACUAUCUAUAUGGCAUGAUCUAUGUCUUGGUGAGCUCUUAGAACGACACAGAAGAAUCAGUCCAGUUCAGUGCAUGCAGAAGCCACCAAAUGAAGGGAUUCUAUCCAGCAAGAGCCUGUUUCCAAGAGUAGCCUAUGGAAUCUGAUCAGUUACUUUAAGAAAAUGACUCCUUAUUUUUAAAGUUUCCACAAUUUUUGCUUGUGGAAAGACUGUUUUCAUAUGUUAUACUCGGAUAAAGAAUUUAAAUGGAAUUACGUAUAAAUUAACAGAAAAUGAUCACCUCUGGUGUUGACAGGUUUGAACUUGCACUCCUUAAGGAACAGCCAUAAUCCUCCAGUGAUUGCAUUAAUUACUGACUGUCCGUAGUCCACUGGAAGCUUUUGUUUAUAGGAACUUGUAGGACUCAUUUUGGUUUUUUUGAAAUGCCAUCUAAUUAUAAAUUAGCUGUAGAUAUCAGGUGCUUUAGAUGAACUGAAAAUGUGUAGUUGGAAACUUCAUGGGUUUCCCUGUCUAUCAUGUAGAUGAUUGUAUACGGAUACCUUUACCAAAUAAGAAGAAUGGGAUUGUUUUCUCCUUCGACAUGAAUAUUAUCCCUGUAUAUUGCAUGAAUGAGAGAUUUCCCAUAUUCCAUCAGAGUAAUAUACUUGCUUCAAUUCUUAAGCAUAAGUGAACAUUAUAAUAAAAAUAUAUACUAAUUGUGAAGGAUGCAUUUAAAGCUAUUUUAAAUGUGUUUUUAUUUGUAAGACAUUACUUACUAAGAAAUUGGUUAUUAUACUGUUCUAAUCUGGUGGCAAAAGUAUUCUUAAGAAUUUGCAAGUACCUUAGAUUUUCAAAACUGAAUGAGAGAGAACAUUGUAUAACCAUCCAGCUGUUCCUUUAGUGCAAUACAAUAAAACUCUGAAAUUAAGACU